GCCCAUUCCACCAGAGGGACACAGAACUCCGGGCGCUUGAGUUGCCAGGAGAGCUGUACCUGUACAAGUGAUCACCGGCGACAUGGCGUCGGCGGCGGGCGACAGGACGAGGAGGAAGACGGCGUGCGUCACCGGAGGGAACGGGUACAUCGCCUCCGCGCUCGUCAAGAUGCUGCUGGAGAAGGGCUACGCCGUGAAGACCACCGUCAGAAACCCCGAUGACAUGGAGAAGAACUCGCAUCUCAAGGACCUGCAGGCGCUCGGCCCCUUGGAGAUCCUCCGUGCCGACCUCGACCAAGAGGGCAGCUUCGAUGGCGCCGUCGCCGGCUGCGACUACGCCUUCCUCGUCGCCGCCCCGGUGAACCUCUACGCAGAGAACCCUGAGAAAGACGUGAUCGAGCCGGCCGUGCACGGGACCCUGAACGUGAUGAGGUCGUGCGUGAGAGCGGGCACGGUGAGGCGCGUCGUCCUCACAUCGUCGGCGGCCGCGGUCUCCAGCCGGCCGCUGCAAGGCGACGGCCAUGUCCUGGACGAGGAGUCCUGGUCGGAUGUCGAGUUCCUUAGAUCGAGAAAGAACGGGACUUGGCCGUACCCUGUUUCCAAGGUGCUUCUGGAGAAGGCGGCGAGCGCGUUCGCGCUGGAGCACGGCAUCAGCCUGGUCACCGUGUGCCCCGUCGUCACCGUGGGCGCGGUGCCGGCGGCCAAGGUCAACACCAGCGUGCCCGACAUCCUCUCCCUGCUCUCCGGCGAGGAUGCGAGGUUCAGCAAACUUGAAUUGAUCGAGAAGGCGACCGGCUCGAUCCCGAUGGUCCACGUCGACGACCUCUGCCGCGCCGAGCUGUUCCUCGCCGAGGAGGAGGCGGCGUCGGGGCGGUACAACUGCGGCAGCGUCAACACCACCGUCGUGGGGCUCGCCCGCUUCCUGGCGGCCAAGUAUCCGCAGUACAACGUCAAGACCGACCGGUUCGCCGGUCUCACCGAGAAGCCGAGAGUCUGCAUUUCGUCGGCGAAGCUCGUCGGGGAAGGGUUUGAGUUCAUGUAUAAGACUCUGGACGAGAUAUACGACGACGUCGUUGAGUACGGAAGGGCCUUGGGAAUCCUUCCGUGCUAGUGUGCAUGAUGGAUCUUUGAAUCAAACGAUGCGCUUGCAAGCAAAAUAGGCUUAGCCUCUUUCUUUUUUGUUGGUUAAUAAGCUUAGCCUCCUAAAAGUACAUAUAUGAUGAAAUGUGGGUGUUAGUUCAUAUGAAAAAUGAUUUGUAAAACAUACUUGUAUGAAAAGUGAUAUAUGGUAUUGUGAACAUUCUCGGAACAA